AACACACUGGCCGCCCGUUGAAGAUGGCGGCGGAGCUUCAUCCGCGGAGCGGAAAGCUGAUCGGCCUGUCCAACUCGAACCGAACCGCCCAGCGCAACCAGCCGGUGCAGGAGUUCAACCACGGGCUGGUGCUGAGCCGGGAGCCGCUGAGGGACCGGGAUGUCUUCACCGUCCGCAUCGACAAGAAGGUGAACUCGUGGAGCGGUUCCAUUGAGAUCGGCGUGACGGCGCUGGACCCGGCCAGGCUGGACUUCCCCAGCAGCGCCACAGGCCUCAAGGGCGGCUCCUGGAUCGUGUCGGGCUGCUCGGUGCUGCGAGACAGCCGCUCCGUCCUGGAGGAGUACGGCCGCGACCUCGACCAGCUGUCCGAGGGCGACAGCGUGGGCAUCCAGCGCAGCGCCCGCGGCGAGCUCCACCUCUGGGUCAACGGGCAGGACUGCGGGGCGGCCGCCAGCGGCUUGCCGCCCAAGCUCUGGGCCGUGGUGGACCUGUACGGCAAGUGCACUCAAGUGACAGUGGUGAGCUGCGAGCCGCCGUCGCCCUCCGCCGAGAGGGAGAGAGAGACAAUAGAGCGGGACAAGGAGGAGGACGAGGAAGAUGAAGAGGAGGAGGAGGAAGAGGUGGUGGUGUGUGGAAGUCGGGAGGAUGCUGGGAUCGCGGCGUUGAUGAAUGUGGCAGCAAUGAAUGGAAUGAUGAAUGGAGAUGAAGUGCCUGAGCUCAGCUGCAGUCACAGCAGACCAGACAAGUUCCCCAACACCCUGGAGCCCGACACAGUUCUGACGGAGCACCAGCUCUUUGACGUCUUCAACAACGCAAUAGUUUCUUUUUAUCGCUCGGAGGACGACGGCGGAGGGGAGGAGGGCGGAGGUGGCGGAGGAGGAGCAGGAGGGGGAGGUGGCGGAGGAAAUACAGGAACUGACAGCUCGUCCAGAAAUGACCGAGGGAGCAGCAGCGGAGGAGCAGUGAACAGUGACAGUGGGACAGGGACAUCAGGAGGAGGAGGAACUGGCGGUGAUGGUGGAGAAAGUGGAAAUACUAAUAAUAGUCCCGCGAGUAACGGAGGGUCGGGGCCAGGAGCUCUGACCGGAGGGACGACCACCAACGACGUGCUGCUGUUCCACGAGAAGUGUGGCACGCUGAUCAAACUGAGCAACAACAACAAGACGGCGGAGCGGAGGAGACCGCUGGACGAGUUCAACAACGGCGUGGUGAUGACCAACCGGCCGCUCCGACACAACGAGAUGUUCGAGAUCCGUAUUGAUAAGCUGGUGGACAAGUGGUCGGGCUCGAUAGAGAUCGGUGUGACCACGCACAACCCCAACAACCUGGACUAUCCUGCAACUAUGACUAAUCUGCGCUCAGGUACAAUCAUGAUGAGUGGCUGUGGGAUCCUAACCAACGGGAAAGGAACCCGCAGGGAAUACUGUGAAUUCAGCCUUGACGAGCUUCAGGAGGGAGAUCUCAUAGGGUUGAUGCGUAAAGCCAGCGGAGCGCUUCAUUUCUACAUCAACGGCAUCGACCAAGGCGUCGCGGCAGCCCAGACCCCCGGCGUGGUCUACGGCGUGGUCGACCUCUACGGCAUGGCCGUCAAAGUCACCAUCGUCCACAACCACAACCACAGCGACCGCCUCAGACGCAACAACGCCAUCAUGAGGGCCCUAUCCCCGGACGUCGGUCGGCCCCGGCCGUCUCUCUCUCUCACCCCGGACGCAGACGGGCCCGACCGCCUGCUCUUUCACUCCAACUGUGGCCAGAAGGCGGCCAUCAUCAGUGAGGGCAGGACGGCGCUGCGGCCACAUGCGACUGAUGACUUCAACCACGGCGUGGUCCUGAGCAGCCGGCCCCUGCGCUCCAACGAGGUGUUCCAGGUUUGCAUCGACCAGAUGGUGGACAAGUGGGCGGGCUCCAUCGAAAUCGGUGUCACGACGCACAACCCUGCGUACCUGCAGCUGCCCUCCACCAUGACCAACUUGCGCUCAGGGACUUGGAUGAUGACGGGUAACGGCGUGAUGCACAAUGGAACAACAAUACUGGACGAGUACGGACACAACUUGGACCGGCUCCAGGCGGGUGACACAGUGGGUGUGGUGAGGAAAGAAGAUGGCAGCCUCCACUUCUUUGUGAACGGCGUGGCUCAGGGCCCGGCUGCCUGGAACAUCCCCCCCAGUGUGUACGCCGUGGUCGACCUCUACGGGCAGGCGGCUCAGGCCACCAUCAUGGACGACAUGGUGGACCUCCCCCCUCUCCCAGAGGACUGCUCAGAGGGUCCCACGGCCAUGUCCCCCGGGAGCCCCUGCUCAGUGGCUGGGGUCCCUACCAACAGCGACCUGCGCUUCCACCACCUGCACGGCACCAACGCCGUCAUCACCAAUGGGGGGCGCACCGCCCUGCGCCAGAACUGCCGCAGCGAGUUCAACGAUGCUAUCGUCAUUUCCAGCAGGAGCCUUCGAGAGGGAGAGCUGUUUGAAAUCAUCAUUCAGAAGAUGGUGGACCGCUGGUCGGGUUCAAUAGAAGCAGGAGUGACCGCCAUCCGGCCAGAGGAGCUCGAGUUUCCAAACACCAUGACUGACAUCGACUACGACACUUGGAUGCUAAGUGGAACAGCCAUCAUGCAAGAUGGCAACACGAUGCGCAACAACUACGGCUGUGACUUGGACUCUCUGACCACGGGCUCACGGAUAGGCAUGAUGCGCUCAGCCACUGGUGACCUCCACUAUUAUAUCAAUGGCGUGGACCAGGGGGUCGCCUGCUCCGGCCUGCCACCAGAGGUGUUUGCAGUCAUCGACCUGUACGGUCAGUGUGUUCAGGUGUCCAUCACCAGCUCCUCCGGUCCCCUGGACAACAGCCUCUGCACCAGCAACAUCACCGAGAAGAGCUUCCCCAUCCACUCUCCAGUAGCAGGCGUGGCUCAUCGGCUCCACGGUAAACACGGUAAGAACGUGGUGCUGCUCGGUGAGGGCUGCCAGGCCAUCAGAGUCGGAGGUUACGCCCACGGCAUCGUGUUCAGUGCGAAGGAACUCAAAGCCGACGAGUUGUUUGAGGUGAGGAUCGAUGAAGUGGACGAGCAGUGGUCCGGUUCGCUGCAUAUCGGUCUCACCACGCUGGCGCCCACCGAGCUGCCGUCCUGCCCACUGUCCGGUCUCUCGCCCUCCCUCCCGCUCCUUCGCACCAAGGUCACCUGGCUGCUCUGCGGCUCUGAGGUCCGUCGCAACGGCGUGCUGCAGCGCCAGAACUACGGCUGCUCGCUGGACCGGCUCACGGUUGGGAACCGUGUGGGUGUGAAGAGGUGCAGCGAUGACACCAUGCACAUCUUCAUUGACGGAGAAGACAUGGGAUCUGCUGCUACUGCAGUGGCCAAGAAUGUUUAUGCAGUGCUGGACCUGUACGGGCGGAUAACAGCGGUGUCCAUCGUCAGUUCCUCGCUGCUGGAGGACAUGCAGAAUGUGAAGGAGCCCUCGCUCUCGUCCGGGAGCUGCAGUGAGGGAGAGGAGGACAGCAGCCCAGUCAGAGAGGUUGAGACUGAGCCGUGUGCACUGGUGCCCACUGUCAUGGCGUUCCUGGAGAACCACGGCAAAAACAUCCAGCUGUCCAACCAGAACCUGACAGCGGCCAGAGUGUCGAGCUACAACCAGGGCCUGCUGGUCACUGCUCUGCCGCUGGCUCGCCAGCAGCUGCUACAGUUUCAGAUCGAUCGUCUCAAUCCAUCAUGGACGUCAUCGCUGUCGUUAGGGGUGAUAGGCCACUCCCCCGACCGGCUCAACUUCCCCUCCACGGCGUGCUGCCUCAAACGCUCCGCCUGGCUGCUGCAGAGAGACUCUGUCUUCCACAACUCGCUAAAGACAUGUGAGAACUAUGGUCCUAAUCUGGACACCUGUCCAGAGGGGACAGUGUUGGGUCUGCUGGUGGACGCCAACAGUUGUCUCCACCUCUAUGUCAAUGGCAUGGACCAGGGUGUGGCGGCGCAGGACAUCCCUUCACCCUGUUACCCCUUCAUCGACCUCUACGGCCAGUGUGAACAGAUCACCAUAGUAACCAACAAUGUGCCAGCGGUGGGAGGAGAGAGUGGCGAGGCCCGUUGUCAGGGCGACAUGGAGAAGGCCGACAUGGUUGACGGAAUCAAAGAGAGUGUGUGCUGGACGCCGCCUCCAGAGGUCAACCCCAACAAGACGUGUGAAUACCAGGCGCUCUGCUCCCGCUUCAAGGACCUGCUCACGCUACCAGACGGCUACUUCAACGAGGACGCAAAGUACAACCUGUGCUACUGUGAGUCCUGCCACAAGCUCCGCGGCGACGAGGCGUACUACAAGAGAGGCGAGCCCCCCCGGGACUACGCCCUGCCAUUCGGGUGGUGCCGCUUCGCCCUCAGGAUCAAGCCCCACUGUGAGGUUUCCAAUGCACUGAAGAAGUGGCACAUCGCCUACCACGGCACGAGUGUGGGAGCCCUGCGCCGCACGCUGGACCACAGCCAACUGCUGCCCGGGACGUCGUCCAUCUUCUCGGUGUCUCCGGUGAAGGCGGAGGGGCCCAACGGGUACAGCGAGCCAGAGGAGAACAGCGCCCCCGGCAGGGAGGUUCCCAGAGUGCGCCUCUCCCCCACCAUGCGCUACUCCGGCUUGGAGAUCUUUGCUCCCAAAGUGCAAUUUCAGGACCCCCGCUCUCACCGCAGCCACCAGGCCCAGGUGGGAUUCCAGGUGUGCGUGCGCCCAGGCUCCUACAAGGUUGGGCCCCAGACGCUCGGCAACAGCGAGGCCCUGGACCCGCGCUUCAGCAACUCUGAGAUCGAGUGGAUCACGAAGGAGCAGGGCGGCACGCUGCUCUACGGGCUGCUGGUCCGGAUCGAGUGACCGGAGGAACGAGGGAGGCAUUCGGGUGGAAGGGAGAGGGCGGCGUCCAACGUGGCGCCGCUCGGACUUUUAAUAAACUGACAACCAAAUCCAACCCCUGCCUUGAGCGAGAGACUCCUCUGGAAUCCAGCUGUGGAUUGUUGACAAUUCAGCAUUAUUGAUUUUUUUUGUUUUGUUUUGUUGUUUUGUUUUUGUUUAUUUCUUGGGUUGUUUGCUCUCGGACUCCUUUAACGGCCGGGGCCUACGGCGGUUUCAAAGAAGAACAGACACUGCCUGCACUUUAUGUUUCGGACUUGUGGGCGAUUUUUUUUAAAAACGGACUUCUCAUCGACACGACACGUUUGUUCAUUCGCUGCAGUUUAUUUUGUUUUUUUCCCCCCUUCAUUCUCACAGAGGUUUUUUCUUUCUGCACUUAUUUUAACAAUCAUCACAUCUGCUCUGGUCAGUGUUUUACUUUAGGAGGAGCUGUCCCCUGCCAACCUGCACAUUAACGGACCGUCGCCCUAAAAAGAAGGAACGUGGGGCAAGUAAAAAAAAUCAAAACAAACAGAAGAAGAGACAAUGUUUUCACGGAAACAUAAAAGACGCAGAUACACGAAACUGAGACUGAACCCGAGAGUGUCUUGUGAUUGUGACUUCUUUACGUGCGGCUUUUAACAACUGGAGGAAGAAAAUAAUGUUUACACAUGUACCACUGUAUGUUGCUGUCCUCUACGUGUCCCCACAUUAACCGUCGGGCUAACUUAUUAAUCAUGUUUGCAUAUUAUUUUUUUAAAAAGGACCCAGCGUUUUUUCCUAAACACAGACGGUAAAACUGGAAAGAAAUGUGAACAUUUAACACCUUUAAGAAGCUAAAAAAAUAUAUAGAUCAUGAACGGAAAUCCCGCUCCGGCCUGACAGCUUGUGUGCUACCCGUGAUUUUUUUUGUUAGUGCUACAGAUUUAUUUACGUCUUUCUUCGGUGGGUUGCGACUCAAGGAUUCAAAGGAAGUAUUAGACAUUUUGGUAAAAAAAGGAAGAUCACACCACUGUUAUGUCUGUGCAGUAAAUAUUAAGCUACUUCCG